AUGAGGAGGACGUGCUUGCGGUCAGCCUUGCGUGCUCUGACGCGCCAGCACAGAUGCCCUCCAGCCGGAGGGAUCGGCAGUUGCCGCUCUUACACCAGAUUUCCUUCGAUGGCCUCCUCGUUAUUGGGGUUUCCAAGCAAUAAUCGCUGCUCCGUCUUGAGGUCUUCCUUGUUGGCGGACAGAGGGAGUACUCUUGCAGGGCAGCGAAGGACAAUGUUUAUACAAACUCAAAGCACACCGAAUCCAUCAUCUCUCAUGUUCUAUCCGGGGAAACCAGUGAUGGAAGUUGGAAGUUCUGAUUUUCCAAAUGCUCGAGCAUCCAUGACUUCUCCGCUAGCUAAAUCUCUGUUUGGUAUUGAUGGUGUUGUUCGUGUCUUCUAUGGAUCUGAUUUUGUUACAGUAACGAAAUCAGAUGAAAUUUCUUGGGAUCUCUUAAAGCCUGAAGUAUUUGCAGCAAUCAUGGACUUUUAUUCUUCUGGACAGCCAUUGUUCUUGGACGCCCAAACUGCAUCUGCCAAAGACACAGCUAUUCAUGAGGAUGACUCGGAAACCGUUGCAAUGAUAAAAGAGCUGCUCGAGACCCGCAUUCGACCAGCAGUGCAAGAUGACGGUGGAGAUAUAGAAUACUGUGGAUUUGAUCCAGAAACUGGAAUAGUCAAAUUAAGAAUGCAAGGAGCAUGUAGUGGCUGCCCAAGCUCGUCUGUGACGCUGAAAUCCGGUAUCGAAAAUAUGCUGAUGCACUAUGUGUCAGAGGUGAAAGGCGUGGAGCAGGAAUUAGAUGGUGAAGAAGAAGAUGCAUCGCUAGCUGGUUAA